AGAAUCAGAAUCGUAAAAAUUUUUCUUGUUUUGAAUUUGUCAGCUGGAAAGAUUUUAUAAAAAUAUUUUAGAAAUUAUAGGUAUUUACAUUCAAUUUUCAUUUCUCAAUUUAAAGAACCUGCGAUAACUAGGUAUACAGCAUGCAAGAAAAUCGUCCGGAAUUGUACGAGGAGGUGAAACUAUAUCGUCACGCCCGGGAACGUGAAAAAUACGAUAACAUGGCCGAUUUAUUUGCACUAAUGUCCACGCUGCAGAACCUGGAAAAAGCAUAUAUCAGAGAUUGCGUUACCCCGCAGGAGUAUACCGCCGCUUGUUCAAAGCUACUGGUGCAGUAUAAAGUGGCCUUUAAGCUUGUGCAAGGUGACGAGUUUCCGAAUAUAGAUGCUUUUGUAAAAAAGUUUCGUUUAGAUUGUCCGGCUGCGCUUGAAAGGAUUCGAGAAGAUAGGCCAAUCACAAUUCGAGAUGACAAAGGAAAUACUAGCAAGUGCAUUGCUGAUAUAGUUUCCAUGUUCAUUACGCUGAUGGAUAAACUAAGAUUAGAGAUACGUGCUAUGGACGAUCUACAGCCUGAGCUACGCGAUCUGCUAGACACGAUGAAUCGGCUAUCCCUGAUCCCAGAUAACUUUGAAGGUAAAGAGAAGGUGUCAACCUGGCUGGCGACGCUGAAUUCGAUGCAAGCUUCCGAUGAGCUCUCGGAAACACAAGUCAGACAGUUGUUGUUUGACCUGGAGUCAUCCUAUUCUGCUUUCAACAACCUUUUACAUUCAACAUAGGCCUAUUCAGCAUUUGUUUCGUCUAAGAGAGGUUUGAAUAUAACACUUAUACACUUAUCGGUUAAACAUUUAUUAUACAUAUAUUAAUAAAGUUGCGAAAUAUA